AAUUCUUCUUCCCGACCUCGUCCGCCGAACGCGAAUAUUCAUUGCAUUCAACACCAUAUUCAUGUUUACUCGCACUGCCGUCCGUGUUGUUGCUCGCGCAGCUCCCAGAGGUACUCGUGCUGCUUCUGUCGAUGCUGGCGCCAGUGAUUAUUUUACAAAGCGUGAAGCGAUCAGGGCCCAUGCUGCAGAAACUACUCAGCUUUGGCGCAGAAUAAGCUUCUAUGUUUGCGUCCCAGCCACCAUUGUCUGCGCCCUUUGGGUGCGUAAUGUAGAGGCAGAACAUGCCGAACACACAGAGCACAUAAAGGCAGAACAUGACGGUCAUCUCCCCGAAAUUGCUCCGUACGAAUACAUGAACCGUCGUCUCAAGCCUUACCCUUGGGGUAUGAACUCGCUGUUCUUUAACCCACAUGUCAACAAGAACUUGGAAGAUGAAUGAUUUUGUCUCGUACUCAGUAGACUAUGAUGCAAUACAACUCGUUCAAUAAUUCCAGUGGCUUUGCUGUCUCUGAUACUCCGGUCGGUGCACCAAUCGUAAUUCCCAUUCUCUACCUUCAUGGUUUUGAUAAAAUAACCCUUGAUUGUUCUCCGAUAUCACUGCCGUGAUAGUGAAUAUAAAGUGCGAUUGAGAACCAAA